ACCAGAAGUCUGCCUACAGACAGAAAGAUGGCAUUUAACGGUACUUGGAAAAUAGAGAAAAAUGAGAACUAUGAAAAAUUCAUGGAAGCAAUGGGCGUGAAUGUGAUGAAAAGAAAGUUAGGAGCCCACGAUAAUCUGAAGCUCACUAUUCAGCAAGAUGGAAACAAAUUUCUUGUCAAGGAAUCAAGCAACUUCCGUACCAUCGACAUCGAAUUCACUCUGGGAGUCAGCUUUGAAUACAGUCUGGCUGACGGGACUGAACUUUCAGGCUCUUGGAACCUGGAAGGAAAUAAACUCGUAGGAACGUUUACUAGAAAAGAUAAUGGAAAAGUACUCACAGCAUACAGAGAAAUUGUAGGCAGUGAACUCAUACAGACCUACGUGUACGAAGGAGUUGAAGCCAAGAGAAUCUUCAAAAAGGAGUAAAUACUUUACCCAGAAAAGCACUGGAAUCAAAAUCCUAUU